UAUUCCAUCUUAUAGUCUAAGAUUCUAAGCCAAUUAGUAAUUUGGGGCCAAAAUAUAAUUCAAAGUCCUAGCUCAGACCCCCUAAACUGAAAUUUCCAUGCUGAAAAACGCGUUGGAACGCCUGAAUUUUUUCCACAAAGUCCUCUUCCUUUUUUAAAGCUAAAGCUAGGAAGAGUCACAAAUUGUUCUACGGGCAUGGAACAAACUAGGUACUAUAUUUACCUUCUGCUACAGCCGUGCUUUUUGCACAAAUUCAAAGUCUAGUUCUCAAAUCCAUUUUAAACCAUGGCUUUCGCUUCUCCAUAUUCUCUAUGUCUCAUUCUACUUUUCCUGCUGCCAGUUUGUGUUUUCGCUCAAACAUCUCAGAAUAUAACGUUGGGCACCUCAUUAACUGCAGCACUUGAUAAAAAUGAUUCUUGGAAAUCUCCAUCUGGAGAUUUUGCAUUUGGAUUCCAACAGAUAGAAGCUGGAAUGUUCUUGCUUGCCAUAUGGUUUGACAAAAUACCUGAAAAAACCAUUAUUUGGUCAGCCAAUGGUACAAAUCUGGUGCAACCACGUUCCAAAAUUCAACUUACAACAGAUGGUCAGUUUACGCUCAAUGACGACCAAGGAAAGCAAGUGUGGGCAGCUAACUUGGCUGGCUCUGGUACCGUUUCUUAUGCAGCUAUGCUCGACUCUGGAAACUUUGUGCUGGCAAGCCAGGACUCCACCACCUUGUGGGAAAGUUUUGAUCAUCCAACUGAUACAAUACUACCCACACAAAUAUUAAACAAAGGCAGCAGCCUUGUUGCUCGUUAUUCAGCAAUGAACUACUCGAGCGGAAGAUUUUUGAUGCAGUUACAAUCAAAUGGAAAUCUUGUACUUUCUACUGUACAUUUUCCACUGCUUUCACUAAAUACUGAUUACUGGUCAACUAACACUAAUGGAAGUGGCGUUCAGGUUAUCUUCGACCUGUCUGGCUCUAUCUACCUAAAAGCUGAAGAUGAAAGCAUACUCAAUAAUAUAACAUCAAUUGGAGCUUCAUCUAGCAACUUCUACCAGCGAGCAAUCCUUGAAUACGAUGGUGUCUUCAGGCAAUAUGUCUAUCCAAAGAAUGAUAGUGUCGCUGCUGGAAGGACUAUGGCUUGGUCCUCGGAGUCCCAUGUCCCAGACAACAUUUGCAUGAACAUCACAACACAAAACACAGGUAGUGGGGCUUGUGGGUUCAACAGCUAUUGCCAUCUAGGAAAUGAUCAGAGACCUAUAUGCACGUGCCCACCUGGAUACUCACCCUUGGAUCCAGAUAAUGAAAUGAUGGGAUGCAAACAGGCUUUUGUCCCACAAGAGUGUGAUGGAGGCCAAGAUGCAGAUCUUUUUGAUAUGAGGGAGCUGUCCAACGUAAAUUGGUGGGGAGGGGAUUAUGAAUAUUUUAACCCCGUUAGUGAGGAUUGGUGCAGACAGAGAUGCUUAACAGAUUGCUUUUGUGCUGUUACAAUCUACAAUACAGCUAGUGAAUGUUGGAUGAAGAAAAUUCCUCUCUCAAAUGGAGUGCAACUUAAUAAUGAUGAUGUUGGAACGAAAGCACUGAUCAAAAUAAGGAAAGACAAUUCCACAACAUCCAUUGCCAACAGUUUAAAGAAGCAGAAGAAAAGAAGGAUUACUCAGCCGUCCGGACAAAUCCAAGGCGUAGGUUUACGAAGCCUCACUUACAAGGAACUUGAAGGAGCAACAAAUAAUUUCAAAGAAGAACUUGGGAAGGGUGCUUGUUCAACAGUUUACAAAGGAAUUCUUGCUAUUGGUAACAACAAUUUGAUUGCCGUUAAAAGAUUGGACAAGAUGGUGAAAGACAGCGAGAAAGAAUUUCAAGCAGAAAUAAGUGCAAUUGGCAAGACAAACCACAAGAAUCUUGUGCAGCUGCUAGGAUUUUGCAAUGAGGGACAACAUCGGCUUUUGGUGUAUGAAUACAUGAGCAAUGGAUCUUUAGCAUCUUAUCUUUUUGGGAAUUCAAGGCCCAGUUGGGAUAAAAGAACUGAAAUUGCUUUUGGAACUGCAAGAGGGCUUGCUUAUUUGCACGAAGAGUGCACCAACCAGAUCAUACACUGCGACAUCAAGCCACAAAAUAUCCUUCUAGAUGACUCCUUGACAGCAAGAAUUUCAGACUUUGGAUUGGCAAAACUUUUGAAGACAGACCAGACACGAACUCUUACCACAAUUAGGGGUACAAUAGGAUAUGUUGCUCGGGAAUGUUUGACAAGCAAGCCAGUCACAGUCAAAGUUGACGUUUAUAGCUUUGGAAUUCUGCUGCUAGAGCUCAUUUGUUGUAGGAGGAGUUAUGAUCAAGAUGCAAAGGAUGAAAGUCAAAUGAUGUUGGCUAAAUGGGCAUACGAUUGCUAUGAAGAAGGGAGAAUGUAUAUGCUAGUGCAAGAGGAUGAAGAGGCAAUUCAGGAUAUAGAGAAGGUAGAGAAGUUUGUGAUGAUUGCCAUUUGGUGCAUUCAAGAUGAUCCAUUGCUAAGACCCACCAUGAAGAGAGUCUCACAGAUGCUAGAAGGAGCCAUUGAAGUUGCUCUUCCUCCAAAAUCUCCCAAUUGAUCAGUUCAAUACUCAUCUUCAACUGCCUCAUAAUCUAUUGAAAAAAAAAAGAUUUAUUAGUCAGUAUUAUUGAAUAAAUUUCGUAGGGUGAU